AUGAAGUCCGUACAGCUUCCAAUGAUGAAUAAGCGAUUUGAUGAUCAAUACACAUUUGAUCUCCAGCACUAUUUAUCUAGAAAGAGUUUUUGCUCGACCAUCAAUUUAUUCAACCAGGCUGCUCAUCGUUGCCCUCCUCCAGGCAGCAAGGCAAUCUGGUUGUGUACUCUCUGGGUUUUCUGGAUGCUGACUGCCGUCUUGGCUCACAUUGUGAGAAUUCACUUUAAAGCAAACCAUACUCUAAUACCCCUGCUUCUUGUAAUGGUGAUGAGCACUGCAUUAUUUGUGUGGGGGUACAGACGAACCCAACAGCAGAAUAGAAUAGAAUACCAAUAUAACAAGCUACUACUAAUUGUUAUUAUUAGUAUUCAAUUUGAAUUUGCAAUCCUGGAGAUUUGCAGCCAAGUCAAUGCUACACAGAACAUUCGUGGUGUAAACUAUCGAUUGAGUAAAAAUGGCCACCACCUCAACAAAUCAGAUCCACAUCAAAUUCUUGGGUUCAAGACAUCUUAUGCUAUUGUUAUCGAAUUCGAUGAUCGUUACAGCUCACUACCUAGCCAGAGAUUCUCUGGAUCAUACCCAUCCGACGAUUAUGUCAGCAUUCCAUUGUGUUCAAAUGCUGCUCCUACCGUAGAUCAACCUCCAAUGGCACAUUUACCAUGGCAUCAUGAUACCGAAAAGAACCAAUCUUUUCAACAGUCGACUGUAUUUCCUUUCACAAGUGACGAGAAGAAAUGGACUGGAAUUUAA